GGAAACUUGAUCUGACGAGCCAUAACUGAAUAGCCUCGGAAUCUAGUCAAUGUUGAAAUAGAAAGCAAGUUUAAAUAGGAGAUGAGGAGAGCUACUUUAGGAAACAGCGAGCUCUUUUUGCACAAAUGAGAAGAAAGGGAAUUGUUCUGAAUGGGCCUAUCCACACUAGUGGACAAAUUAAGAAUACUCUUAGGAAAAAAUCGAUCAAAGGACAACAUGUCUAAAUAACCAACAUUUUUGCCAGUGCGGAUGUGCCCUAUCUAUUUCACAAUCAUGCGGAAAAUGGUUUGAUUAAACUUGAUAUGUGGUAACGUCACUCGUAUGACCUUACGGUGAGGCCCCAAGGAAAUCCAAAGAUUUCUAUCGCGUUUUCUUUAAUCGUCAGUUGUCAGACAGGAACACACAAAAUGGCUGAUCAGCAAUUCAGAGCUCUAUCGUCGUGUUUGAUGAUUGGGUUCCUCGUGGUUGUAGUAACAGCAGGCAACACUGAUACGAAUGAUUGUCCGUCUCCUCUGGGAAUGGAGGAUGGACGCAUCAAGGAUGAUCAACUUAUAACUACAACCAAUUUAAAUGGUCUAAGCGACGCUUCUCAUGGCAGAUUGAAUUAUAGGGAUGGCUAUGGUGGAUGGUGCCCUAAUCAGACGCGCAGUGGAGAUGAAACGGGACCAUUUNGAUGA